ACUGGGAGGCGGCAGUAAUGGCGGCGGCGGGAACCGGACCCGGCCCGGGAGCGGGUUCCGGACCUGGCCCUGUAGCGGCAGCAAAUGCAAUAACGGCAGAAGAGGGAGAAACGAAACCGGUGACAGCGGUAGCAGCCACUCCGGCCGGAGAGGGGACGUCUGCUGCUCCGGCGACUGAGCCUAGUUCUGGAGAGGCUGAAAGCGGGGAUGCAAACUUGGUUGAUGUAAGUGGUGGUUUGGAGACAGAAUCCUCUAAUGGAAAAGAUACACUAGAAGGUGCUGGGGAUACUUCAGAGGUGAUGGAUACUCAGGCAGGGUCCGUGGAUGAAGAAAACUGCCGACAGUUGGGAGAGGUGGAAUUGCAGUGUGGGAUAUGUACAAAAUGGUUCACAGCAGACACCUUUGGCAUAGAUACUUCAUCCUGUCUCCCUUUCAUGACCAACUACAGUUUCCAUUGCAACGUGUGCCAUCAUAGUGGAAAUACUUAUUUCCUCCGGAAGCAAGCAAAUUUAAAGGAAAUGUGCCUUAGUGCUUUGGCCAACCUAACAUGGCAGUCUCGAACACAGGAUGAACAUCCAAAAACAAUGUUCUCCAAAGAUAAGGAUAUUAUACCAUUUAUUGAUAAAUAUUGGGAGUGCAUGACAACCAGACAGAGACCUGGGAAAAUGACUUGGCCAAAUAACAUUGUCAAAACAAUGAGUAAAGAAAGAGAUGUAUUCUUGGUGAAAGAACACCCUGAUCCAGGAAGUAAAGACCCCGAAGAAGAUUACCCCAAAUUUGGACUUUUGGAUCAGGAUCUUAGUAACAUUGGUCCUGCUUAUGACAACCAGAAACAAAGUAGUACUGUGUCUACCAGUGGGAAUCUAAAUGGGGGAAUUGCAGCAGGAAGCAGUGGAAAAGGAAGAGGAGCUAAGCGCAAACAGCAGGAUGGAGGAACUACAGGGACUACCAAGAAGGCCCGGAGUGAUCCUUUGUUUUCUGCUCAGCGUCUUCCCCCUCAUGGCUACCCUCUGGAGCACCCCUUCAACAAAGAUGGCUAUCGGUAUAUUCUAGCUGAGCCUGAUCCCCAUGCUCCUGACCCUGAGAAACUUGAACUUGACUGCUGGGCAGGAAAACCUAUUCCUGGAGAUCUUUACAGAGCCUGCUUGUAUGAACGGGUUUUGUUAGCCCUGCAUGAUCGAGCUCCACAGUUAAAAAUCUCUGACGACCGUCUGACUGUGAUUGGAGAGAAGGGCUACUCCAUGGUUCGGGCUUCUCAUGGAGUGCGGAAAGGUGCCUGGUACUUUGAAAUCACUGUGGAUGAGAUGCCACCAGACACUGCUGCCAGACUGGGUUGGUCCCAGCCUCUAGGUAACCUUCAAGCUCCCCUGGGUUAUGAUAAAUUUAGUUAUUCUUGGAGAAGCAAAAAAGGAACCAAAUUUCACCAAUCUAUUGGAAAACACUACUCUUCUGGCUAUGGACAGGGGGAUGUCCUAGGAUUUUAUAUCAAUCUUCCUGAAGACACAGAGACAGCCAAGUCACUGCCUGAUACUUAUAAGGAUAAGGCCUUGAUAAAGUUCAAAAGUUAUUUGUAUUUUGAGGAAAAAGACUUUGUGGAUAAAGCAGAGAAGAGCCUAAAGCAGACACCCCAUAGUGAGAUAAUAUUUUAUAAAAACGGUGUCAAUCAAGGUGUGGCUUACAAAGAUAUUUUUGAAGGAGUUUACUUUCCAGCCAUUUCACUGUACAAGAGCUGCACGGUUUCCAUUAACUUUGGACCAUGCUUCAAGUAUCCUCCAAAGGAUCUCACUUACCACCCUAUGAGUGACAUGGGCUGGGGUGCUGUGGUAGAACACACUCUGGCUGAUGUCUUAUAUCACGUGGAGACAGAAGUGGAUGGAAGGCGCAGUCCCCCCUGGGAACCUUGACCAUUCUUCUUUUUUUCCAGACACAGACUUUCUGGGGAAUAAGACCAGGGUUUUUAUUUUUGUUUUCUGUCAGAUAUUCUCCCAAAGAUGCUACAGAACACAGCCUCUAUUUUCAGCAAGUUAAAAGGCUGAGUAGGCUGCGGGAGACCCCUACCCUUCAACAUUCCCUGCCCACUUCCAGUGACUCUUCUUGUUUUGUGUGCCAUAAACAACUUGUGACCCCAGGAUCCCACAAGCUCCCUGUAAAACUGGUGCUCUUCCACAUCCCUGUCAGCUGGGACUUACUACCUUACUGUUUUUUCUAAGGAGUAAAUAAUAAUCUUGUCCAAGUAGCUAACUUAAGACAUUUCCUCCUGUGGGCAUUGACUCCAUCCCACUUGAUUUCCAUGGAGAUGUUGAGCCUGUUUAUGAGAGGAGCUUAAAUCAGUGGCUGUAUAUUUCAAACCAAUCUAAAAGCUAUUUCCUUUUGGUGUGGGUUUGGUUAUUAAUUUUGAAAUAACUUUUUCAAUACUGGGAUCUCUGAAACUCCUGGGUCUCUAGAACUGUAAUGUUGAAAUAAACUUGCCUGCAGCUUUAACACAAUUAGAACUAUUCCCCAAUAAAACUUGUUUCCAGGUUUGUGAGGUA